AUGAUCGGACGGUGUUAUGAGUACGAAUACGUCAAACAUAGUUUAGAUCUAACAGAUGGGAUGCCUGUAAAAUAUUGUGAUAAUUUAUAUGAAAUAUUCGUGAGUGCUGCUGGAUUCAAACCAGUUUGCAAAUUAGACAUGUCAACAUACGAAGCUUUUUUCCGACAGGCUCACCACGGAGCGCACAUCAUCAACAGAGCAAUAUUUUGGAGUGGAACAUAUGAUGUUGCACAUGGCUAUGCAGCUCAAGGAAAACACUUUAUAACAUUGGAAGACACUCUGGGUGCUUAUAUGGCAAAUGGAUUAAAAUGGUGUGGGAAGUUCCCGUCACGAUCCCCCUUUGAUUAUGACAGUUGUCCUCAGAAAUGCGAUGACGAUCAAUGGUCUGACGCUGCCUUUUGGAGCACGGCAUCAGCACAGUUCGCCGCACAUGCAGCUGGUGAAAUAUUUGUUGUUUUGAAUGGUACAAGAACAAGUGGAGCAUUCACGAAUACUUCAUAUUUUACAUUAUAUGAACUGCCAAAUUUGACACAGAGAGGUCCUUAUCGCGUGACAAAAGUGAAUGUAUUAUUACUACACGGGCCAGAUCUUCCGAUUUAUGAAAAAUGCGGAGAAAAAAGUUUAAUCACAUUGGAAAAAGCUGUUAUCAGCCUUGGAUUUAAGUACACUUGUACCGAUGAUCCAGAUGAAUUACUUCUUAUUAUGUGUGGACUUGAUUGGCAAGCAAGAGAAUGCCAAAUCGCUCGAAAGGUCUUGCAUGACGCAUGGCAAAAAAAGUUAAAUAGCAUACCCCGAUUAUUAGAUCAAGUCGGAUAA